AUGCCAUACCGCUUCGAGAUUGCCUCCCAGGGCCGUGCUGGCUGCAAAGCCCCGGACUGUAACAAAGAGAAGGUCAAGAUCACGAAGGGUGAAUUUCGUGUUGGCACCUGGAUUGAUGGCCCGGGCUUCCAAAGCUGGUCCUGGCGUCACUGGGGUUGCUUUACCCCCAAGCAAAUUCAGAACGUCAAGAAUGACAUCACUGGAGUCUCUGAUGAGAUUGACUUCUCUCGCAUUGAUGGCUUUGAUGAGCUGAACGAGGAUCUCCAAGACAAGAUUCGCAAGGCCAUCGAAGUGGGUCACAUCGAAGACGACGAGUGGAAAGGCGAUGCUGCGUGCAACCGCCCUGGACAUGUCGGCAUGCGUACCAAGAACAGCAAGGCCAAGGCCAAGGCCGAUGAGUCCGAGGAAGCUGAGCAGUCCUCUCCCGCCAAGAAGCAUGCUCUGACCGAUCCUGAGCAUACAGAUGAGGAGCCCGCCAAGAAGAAGAAAACUCGUACCAAGAAGGCUACCGACAAUGAUGAUGCCAUUGCUGAUGCUGCCAUCGUUGAGGCUGAGCCCAAGGUGGCGAAGAAGCCUGGCCGCCCCCCCAAGAAGACUGCCGUUGAGACAGAUGUCAAGGCCGAUCCCAAGAAGCGUGGUUCUGGCUGUCCAAAGAAGAUUUCGGAUGUAGAGAGUCCCGAUGCUGAGACUGAGGGCAAGGUCGAGCCCAAGAAGGGUGGCCGUCGUACAAAGAAGGUUUCCGAAGACGAAGGUGCUGAUGCUGACACUGAGAUAACUGUCGAACCAAAGAAGCGUGCUACUCGUGGCAAGAAGACCCUCGAGGAUAAAAUUGCCUCUACCGACAAUGAGCCUAAGGACGAGCGCCCCAAGCGUUCCACUCGUGCUACCACAGCCGCUACCUCUAAGGCUAUUACUACCGACAACGAAUCGGAAGACCUUGACCAUGCCGACGAGGAUCAGCCAAAGAAGGUUUCAGACGAGACCGCCACUGAGACCAAGAAGCGCCCAACUCGCCCAACUCGUGCAACCCAUGCCAAGAAGGAUGUCAACAACGAUGUUUCUCCGGUCGACAAGGAUCUCUCCUCUGCCGACAACGAGACUGGCCCUGCUAAUGGACAGACCGAGAAGUCUACCACUCGUAGCAAGGCUGUCAAUGGUGCAAAUGGCAAGAAGGGCUCAAAGGCUACUAAGGAAGCCAAGACCAGCGGAUCUGAUGUUUCCAAGGAUGAGCAGCCGGAUAAAUCGACCGAGAAGCCCAAACGCACCCGCAGUGCCAGCAACAAGACCAACGACAACAAUGCCACCUCUGAGACCAAGCCUAAGCAAACUCGUACCCGCAAGCCCGCUGCCAUCAAGCCUACUCGGGAACCUACCGAGGGGGUUGCGGAAGCCCCCGAGACUAUUAAAGAGAAGCCCAAGGCCAAAGGUCGCAAGCCAGUUGCCGCAAAGGUCACCGAUGAGUCCGCUGACCAGGCUGCCGAGGAGCCCGCUGAAGUCUCCACUGAGAAAUCUGCCAAUGGCACCGCCGUGAUGUCUGAAGGUGGUCCCGAGGAUGCUUCUGCCGAAAUUGCCGAUGAGCCCAUCGUGGAUGCUACUGAGGUCGUUGAAGACGAUGCCAAGGAGUCUGCGGAGGAGUCUGUCGAGGACGCUACUGAGUCUCCUCUGAAGCCAGUCAAGCCCGAGGACACUGAUGAUGACGCCUAA